AUGGAGAAAUCUCCUCAAGAAAAUCAGGACCCUUUCCGAAGUACUCAAAAUAUAAUAACUAAUAAUGUGCAUACAACAGGUGUAUCAUGUUCUGCAAAGUGGAUGGGUGGUAUAAAUGCUGCCUUGGGUAAUAUGACGGAAGAUGAUUGGAGGUGGCAUAUGUAUGAUACCGUCAAAGGAAGUGAUUGGUUAGGUGAUCAAGAUGCUAUCCAAUAUAUGUGCAGAGAGGCACCCAAAGCAGUUAUCGAACUGGAAAAUUACGGAUUACCAUUCUCUAGAACAGAUGAUGGAAAAAUAUAUCAACGUGCUUUUGGAGGGCAAAGUUUGAACUUUGGAAAAGGAGGUCAGGCCUAUCGUUGUGCAUGUGCUGCAGAUAGAACCGGUCAUGCAUUGUUGCAUACGCUUUAUGGGCAAGCAAUGAAGCACAAUACUCAGUUUUUUGUGGAAUACUUUGCAUUGGAUCUGAUAAUGGAUAAUACUGGCACUUGUCAGGGAGUGAUUGCUCUCAACAUGGAGGAUGGGACACUUCAUCGCUUCCGUGCUGCAUCAACAAUUUUAGCCACUGGGGGUUAUGGAAGAGCUUAUUUCUCUGCAACUUCAGCUCAUACGUGCACAGGAGAUGGCAAUGCUAUGGUUGCACGUGCUGGAUUACCACUUCAGGAUCUUGAAUUUGUACAGUUCCACCCGACUGGGAUAUAUGGCGCUGGCUGUCUCAUUACUGAAGGAUCUCGAGGUGAAGGUGGUAUCCUUCGGAACAGUGAAGGAGAGCGUUUUAUGGAAAGAUAUGCUCCUACUGCAAAAGAUCUUGCAUCUCGGGAUGUUGUUUCAAGGUCUAUGACAAUGGAAAUCAGAGAAGGUCGUGGUGUAGGACCACUGAAGGAUCAUAUUUAUCUGCACUUGAAUCAUUUACCUCCCGAGGUUCUUAAGGAAAGACUUCCUGGUAUAUCAGAAACUGCUGCUAUUUUUGCUGGUGUUGAUGUCACCAAGGAGCCAAUUCCUGUCUUACCUACAGUUCACUACAACAUGGGAGGGAUCCCGACAAAUUACCAUGGGGAGGUUGUAACCAUGAAAGGAAAUGACCCAGAUGCAGUAGUUCCAGGACUAAUGGCUGCUGGGGAGGCAGCAUGUGCCUCUGUUCAUGGUGCUAAUCGGCUCGGUGCAAAUUCCCUUCUUGAUAUAGUUGUUUUUGGCAGAGCUUGUGCUAACAGGGUUGCUGAGAUUCACAAGCCAGGAGAGAAGCAAAAACCUCUUGAUAAAGAUGCUGGGGAAGGGACUGUUGCUUGGUUAGAUAAGUUAAGAAACUCAAAUGGGUCAUUGCCAACUUCAAAGAUUCGUCUCAAUAUGCAAAGGGUGAUGCAGAAUAAUGCUGCUGUGUUCCGAACUCAAGAUACUUUAGAAGAAGGCUGUCAGUUGAUUGACGAGGCAUGGGAGAGUUUCCGUGAGGUCCAAAUCCGUGAUCGGUCGUUAAUAUGGAAUUCUGACUUAAUAGAGACUAUUGAACUGGAAAAUCUUUUAAUAAAUGCAUGUAUAACCAUGCAUUCGGCUGAAGCAAGAAAAGAGAGUAGAGGAGCUCAUGCCCGUGAAGACUUUGCAAAAAGAGAUGAUGAGAAUUGGAUGAAGCACACACUAGGGUACUGGGAGAAGGAGAAAGUUAGGCUAGCAUAUAGACCCGUCCAUAUGAAUACUCUGGACAGUGAAAUCGAAACAUUCCCUCCAAAAGCACGCGUUUAUUGAAAGCUGAAGGUCAUCGGUUCUGUUGGAUUUUUGAAAUUACCUGAUUACUGAAGGUUUUGAAGUUCAAACGAACGGAAUAACGACGCUCGCUUCCUCAAGAAUAGGAGAACCGCAACUUAUGUUUGGCAGAGAAGUGAAUACCAUUGUUAUGUAUUCGGACUCGAGGGAGCACUGAUGUUCUGAUUAUAUAUAUUCUCAUAACAAAUAAGAAAGUUUUCAUAUGUUCUCCUGUUUGUUAUUUGUCUAAAUGUAAAUUCUGUCUCUCUGGUAUCGCCCUA